GCGCACCCCAAACAAAUAACUAUAUAGUCGGGCAGCUGAGCGAUCUCGGGAUCAGUUGGCUGAAAAAUAUGAAGUCGGUUACGUUCGUACUCUGCCUGGUCGUUCUGGGCGCCCACUCGCUGCUCGUUUUUGGGGCCGACUGCGAGAUCAGCGGUCAUAAACUGAAGACUGGGGAGAAAUAUAGUCCGGUAGGUCGCUGUCUGCAGUACACCUGCCAGGGACCCAAGUCGCUUUCGGCACUGACAUGCCCUUCUGUGGCCACGCUGAAGCCCUGCAAAAUGGAGGAGGACCUGACCAAGCCUUAUCCCGGCUGCUGUCCAAAGUUUAACUGCUAGUAACAUAACAAAUCGACCUGCAAG